UGUGAGCAGGCUCAUCUGCUUUGUCUACAUGGCACAUUGGACUGAAAAGUCUAUGUAGUGACCUUAAUCAGAGGCUCUUUUGUUUCCUCUUUGUCAGCCUGAUAUUAUCGGAACUACACGUUUGGAAAGGACUUUAAGUCUUGGCCUGAAGUGUCUCUGUGGUGUUAUUCCAAUAACAGGUCCUGCAAAGAGGCCAAAGGGUAGUUUUGUGUGUCAAACGGCAUAGCAUCUAGACGUGUGUUAUUUUAGGGGUUGCCUGUGGAAGUGGUUGCCUGGGCCAACAAUAGUACAUAAUCUGCUGUGUGUGGUUGCAUGGAUGUGUGAGUCACUGGAUUUGCGUCAGAGCACUGUAAUGUAAGUUAAUUGUGUGCUUUGGCUGCCUCAGUUCUGAGAUUUUGCAGCCUUGUGUGGCCAUAUUGUGAAACCACAGGCCUUCACAGUAAUCGAUAAGCUGUCAUGACUGUUAUUUCUUCAAUGCAAUAAUCAAGCAAACAUUGAGGUGUCUAGAAGGUCUUUUGCCAAGAUUGUCUUUUGUUGCAAUGUGACCUUUGAACCUAGUAGAUCGUACACAGAUGUAUGGUGGAAGUGAGAGGCCAUUAAAGACAAUAAGUACCUUACCACACUAUAUUAACGGCUCUUAAAAAUAUAUAUUCAUAAUCAUUUAACGGGCGUAGCUAAGUAAUGUAUUCUAAUUUAAUCUAGUCAAGCUUGCAUUAUGACCCGAUGAAUGUCAUAAAAGGUAAUAGAAAAGCCAUGCUGAAGGGUUUUGCUCGGCUGUGACGAGACACCUUUUGCCUCCGCUACAUCUCUGUGGCUAAUCAGGAAUUGGAGAAACCUGACAGGCGAGCAGCAGCAGCAGCAGCAGCAGCAGCAGCAGCAGCAGCAGGGCUGACUGAGUAAGAGGAGGGUGCCACAGAGACCUGAGAAGGAGGUGGAGGAGGGACGGAACACUCAAAGAGCGUCAUUCAUCGGAAAAGAAGGGCCUCACUCUCUCCUCUCCUCCUCCCCAUUUGUCUUGUCAAAGGAACUGGCAUUGAGGGCAAAUCUCAAGGAACUAGAGCAAUUGCAUUUGGGCUUUAUUGCACCGUUCUUGAUUGGAUGUUAAUCUGCUUGGUUUUUGGUGAGGAUGCUUUCAUUGAACGGUGUGGUUUAACAUGAAUAUUCUAUAGGUCUGCUUCUUACCUAGGUCGAGAACAUAGAGAUAAAGGCAUGUGAUUCAUUGUGGUUGAGAAAGAGAUCAGUGGGGCUGGCAGAUAUCUACGUGAUAUUGUACAGUGCUGUAAUUAACCGGGCUCUUGAGGAGGAGCUUGUCUUCUAUGUAAGGUGUCUUGGGAGAUCAGGUGUAGGCCUGAGUAAGGAGCCUUUUAAAGCACCUUAGGGAGUAGACACAUGGAGAAAUGGGGGAGGUGGAGGUAGAUGUGUUCAAGCCUAACAGGAUCAAUACUGUCAAUUAUCCUGUGAUUAGACAUAUCAGGAAUAAGUCACAGGGAGCUUUGUAUAUCUGUUUGUAGUCUCAUUAAAAAAAUUGGGAAGUUGCCAGACGGACAGUGAACGUAAGGACGGAUGAAGGCUAAUGACAUCAAAGAUGAUUAGGUUAACUGCUUUGGUUUCACCUCACUGGGAGACACCAAGUUCCCUAACCUUAAUGUCUUCACCAUGCGUGCUGUGUAGACCUAUCGCCAUUGGAAUUUGCUGCAUUUGCACACCGGAACAAAAAUAUUCAGCCAAUUCAAGAUUUCUGGGGGCCUUGAUGGGAUUUUUUUUAACACCUGAAAUGCCACACAAAGCUUUUAAAUUAAUUUUAGUUUUGGCUGAGGGGGAGAUAAAGACAGGGCCAGAUGUAAUGGAGGGGAUGGACAUGUCCAUGCAACCCAAAGUAGUGGACCAAGGGUCAGCUGAGAAGGCCGUGGUUGCAGCACCGAAGCGCAAGCUGCCCAGCCCCCCUCACUCCUCCAAUGGACACUCUCCCUCUGGAACCUCCCCCAGCCCCAUUAGGAAGAAGAAGAAGCCCGGUCUCAUCCACAGCAGCAAAGACCAGUCUGAGCUAAGGCAUGGUCCCUUUUACUAUGUGAAGCAGCCAGCACUCACCACAGACCCUGUUGAUGUUGUACCGCAGGACGGCCGCAACGACUUCUACUGCUGGGUGUGCCACCGCGAGGGCCAGGUGCUCUGUUGCGAGCUCUGCCCGCGGGUGUACCACGCCAGAUGCCUGAAAUUGGCAGCAGAGCCCGAGGGCGACUGGUUCUGCCCCGAGUGUGAGAAAAUAACGGUGGCCGAAUGCAUAGAGACUCAGAGCAAAGCGAUGACCAUGCUAACACUAGAGCAGCUGUCUUAUCUGCUGAAGUUUGCCCUUCAGAAGAUGAAACAGCCAGGGACAGAGCCAUUCCAAAAGCCGGUUUCUCUGGACCAGCAUCCAGAUUACGCAGAGUACAUCUUCCACGCAAUGGACCUGUUGUCACUAGAGAAGAACAUAAAGAAGAAGAUGUACGGGUGCACAGAGGCCUUCCUGGCUGACGUGAAGUGGAUCCUACACAACUGCAUCAUUUACAACGGAGGCAACCACAAACUGACAGCAACUGCUAAAGUGAUUGUGAAGAUCUGCGAGCAUGAGAUGAAUGAAAUUGAAGUUUGUCCAGAGUGCUACUUAUCAUCUUGCCAAAAGAGGGACAACUGGUUUUGUGAGCCAUGUUGCCAUCCUCACCCCCUGGUCUGGGCCAAGCUGAAGGGCUUUCCUUUCUGGCCAGCUAAAGCCCUGAGAGAGAAAGAUGGACAGGUGGACGCCCGCUUUUUUGGCCAGCAUGACCGGGCAUGGGUCCCUAUAAACAACUGCUAUCUAAUGUCCAAAGAGAUUCCCUUCUCUGUGAAGAAGACUAAGAGCAUCUUCAACAGUGCCAUGCAGGAGAUGGAGGUGUAUGUGGAGAACAUCCGCAAGAAGUUCGGCGUCUUCAACUACGCUCCGUUUCGGACACCUUACACACCCAACAACCAGUUCCAGAUGCUGCUGGACCCGGCCAACCCCAGCGCCGGCACGGUCCGGCUGGAUAAGCAGGAGAAGAUCAAGUUCAGCUUUGACAUGACGGCCUCUCCCAAGAUGCUCAUGGGCAAGAGCAUGCUGUCGGGCGGAACGGGGCGACGGAUUUCCAUGACUGAGAUGGGGCCGAGAUCCCCCAUGAGCACCAACUCGUCUGUGCACACAGGGUCAGACGUGGAACAGGACUCUUCAGACAGGCCAGGACGAAUGCAGCACUACAGCGCAGGGGAGGAUUCCAUGGACUACACAGCAUCUCCAGCUUCUAAGAUGGGCCUGUUGUCGAGCACAGACAGCCCCAAGCCCUUCUCCCCCCAGGGCACUGCCACGCCAUUCGUCAAGCAGGAGAGAGGCUCCACCGGCAGCAUCCUCAACCUUAACCUAGAUCGGAUCAAAGCAGAGAUGGACCUAAAAGAGCUUAGUGAGACGGUACAGCAGCAGCAGCAGCAGCAGCAGCAGGGGGCACCAGUGCUCCGGGCCUCGGCCAAGAGACCCCCCCGCAGCCUGGACAAGACCAUUGAGAGCUGCAAGGCCCAGCUUGGCAUUGAUGACCUCUCUGAAGACGUGUACCGCGUGGAGCACAGCGACUCUGAGGACUCGGACAAGUCAGACUCCAGUGACAGCGAGUACCUCAGCGACGAAGAACAGAAGCCCAGGAUCCACAGUCAGGACAAGGACAAGGACCGGGGCGACAGAGAGUCCAAAAAGAGGUCCCGCAACGCCUCCGCGGAGAGACAGGAGAAGAACGGGGGGGUCCCCGGGACGGCGGCGGGGAUGCCGGGUCGGGAUAAACCCGCCCCCGAUGGCCCAGGGCCGGCGAGAGAGAAACACAAUAGUGUGGAAAAGGAGGCUCAGGAGAAGCAACGGGCGCCGCAGCAUCAGCGGCAGGUGAAGGAGGAACCGAGGGCUCGUGCCGAUGCAGACAUGGACUCCGACUCCGAGAGGGAGCUGGUCAUAGACCUCGGGGAGGACACGGGCCGGGACCGGAAAAGGCCCAAGAGGGAGCCAACAUCUGUCCCCUCAGAAACAAAAAAGGAGCCAACAGCUGUCAAAGCAGAGGGUAAAGCGCCUUCUUCCAGCAACACUGCAGCCUCCUCCUCCUCUGCUGACAGCACUUCCAGUUCCACCAACACCGGCGUCAAAGACUCUCCCCACCCAGCUGUGGGUCCCCCCCUGAACGUGGUAUCCAUGCCAACCUUGGCCUCUUCCGCUCUGGCCCCUGGAGUCACCUCAACCACCUCUUCCCCUUCUCCAGCCGCCAUUCCGUCCAUGCUGCCUUCCUCUAAUGCCGUCUCCUCCUCCUCCUCCUCUUCCUCCUCCUCCUCUUCCUCCUCCAACACGGUGAAGAAGCAGCGCCCCCUGCUGCCCAAAGACUCCACGGCGGCCGCUCCGGCCAUGCAGCAGCGCCCGGUCGUGUGGAACCCUGCCACCAGUGCCAAGUUUCAAACGUCCUCGCAGAAGUGGCACAUGCAGAAAGUGCAGCGGCAACAGCAGCAGGGGCAGACUACACCGCCCGCCGCACCGGGGGAGACUACACAGCCAGCCGCACCGGGGCAGUCUUCACAGCCAGUUGCACAGGGGCAGACGCAGGGGCAGACGCAGGGGCAGACGCAGGGGCAAACGCAGGGGCAAACGCAGGUGCAGGUGCAGGUGCAAGGCGUGUCAGCUGCACAGGCACAGUCCUCCAGCACACGAUACCAGACCAGACAAGCAUUGAAAGCUGUUCCUAAAGACUCUCCCCAGGGUGCAUCAACAUCUGGGUCUUCUCUCUCGUCCUCCUCCAUGGCUGGAGAUUUCGGUAUCCCCACCGCCUCUGCUGAUGUGGCCGCAGACAUCGCCAAGUACACUGGCAAAAUGAUGGACACAAUCAAAGGGACUAUGACAGAAAUUUAUAAUGACCUCUCCAAAAGCACAUCUGGGAACACUAUAGCAGAGAUCCGCAAGCUAAGGAUAGAGAUUGAGAAACUCCAGUGGUUACAUCAGCAGGAGCUCUCUGAGAUGAAGCACAACCUGGAGCUGACCAUGGCGGAGAUGCGUCAGAGCCUGGAGCAGGAGCGCGAGCGUCUGGUAGCGGAGGUGAAGAAGCAGAUGGAGGCGGAGAAGCAGCAGGCCGCGGACGAGACCAAGAAGAAGCAGUGGUGCGCCAACUGCAGGAAGGAGGCCAUCUUCUACUGCUGCUGGAACACCAGCUACUGCGACUACCCCUGCCAGCAGGCCCACUGGCCCGAGCACAUGAAAUCCUGCACGCAGUCAGCCUCGGCCUCACAGCAGGAGUCUGAAGGGGAACCAGCGUGCAAACCCGUGGGUCAGUCCCCCAACAUCCAGCCCUCGCCCCCUGUGGAUGGCUGUGCCCAGGCCAAAAGAGAUCGCUCUCCUGCUGGCACUGACAAAGGCAGGGACAGUGCCACCAUUAGCGUGUCCUAACCCUCAAGCACAGCACCAGUGCCUGUGUUUCUGUACAUAAAUAUAUAUAUUGUUGUUGUUAUUAUUAUGAAUUAUUAUUAUUAUAAUUUUUUACAUUGGUGUAUGUCACCUCGCCCUGUUACAUACGUCUUACUCAAGACUGCUAAGGUGGGAUACUGAUGCUCACUCUUCUAUGGCUGCGCUGAAAAUUAUUCCCCAUGCCUUUUCGUCUGUCCAGUGAUUGUGGAUGACAAGAUCAAGAUUUUUUUUUUUUUACCCUUUUGGACCUUACCAGCAAGUUCACAGCACACCACAAAGAAAAUGUCAAAUUGUGUAAAUGUGAAACAACUUUUUUUAUACACACAUAUAGCUUCACAUUGAAAAGAAACAUAGAGACUUUAUACAGUAAUGAUGGUAGCACUUCGAAGUGCCUGGUGGACACCACGUCAUUCUUUGAACUGUGGAAAAGGACUGUUUUAUGAAAGGAUGUGCCACCCUUCAGUUUGAGGACUGAACCGUCAUCACUUACACUAUGAAAGAUUCCUCAGAUCCUGUAUUGUGAACAUAAUCACAGAGCUGAAAGCUUGCAAGAGAGCAUUAAUGACUGUAUUUCUUGUGAGCGUGUUUUUUUCUGUCUAUGUCUCACAGAUUUCAAUGUUUACAUACUGUAAAUAAAAAGUGGGGGGUGGUGGUAGACUUUA